GGCGAGUGCGGGGCGGAGGGUGGGGGACAAGGAGUCGUUCGUCGCGAUUUCAGCACAUCCAAGAUGGCUCCGUCUCCAGAACUCGGCCAGCCAAAGGCGCCCGACAAGGCGGAGGCCGGCGCCAGCAGCGAGCCAAGGGGCGCCCCCAGCGACAGCGGAGCCGCCCGCGCCGACACAGCCAGACCUCCGGCCCAGGACAGCGAGAACUUUGAACACUUCGAUGACGGUCAAUUGAAGGCUUUACUGGAUGAAGCCAUCACAUAUAAGACACCAAAGGAUCGUGAGCACAAAAGUGAAGCAUUUAAGAAACUGCUUCAGCGAGCGGAGAUUCAGGAGCAGGCUUUGGAGUUGAACUACGAAUUUAAGGCGUCACGACAGUCUGGCGGCUCGUUGCAGGACUUGGCGAAUCCCGCCGAUGUGGACUUCUUCGGCAGCAGCAUGAAUCACCAGCGGAAGCACCACAAUUCGCGCCAGAAGAAGUACAGCACGACGUCGGUGUCGUCGCGCCAGCGCGAGGGCGGAAGUCUGCCCAGUAAUGUCAAUGUGGCCACGAAUCAUUUGCUGUGCGAGGCGACGCAGCCGUUUCUCAGUGAGAAGCGCGGCGGCGGCGGCGGCGGCGGCGGCGUGCGGAAAGUCGUGCCGGAGAUUCUUCCGCUGAUGUUCAGCGCCGUGGCGUCGGAUUUGGUGGAGAAGCGCGAGCGCAAGUUGCACGGCGGCGGCGGCGAUGUGGAGACGAGCGUCGUUCUGGUCAGGAGUGACGGCAAGAUACGGAUUAGCGACGAUGUGCAGCAUCACGAGCAUGACACACUGUUGCAGAAUCACGGCGACGUUGGCGGCGAGAGUUACGACAAGAAUUCCCUGAACAAGAUCCCGAGGGCGAAUUACACAUCACAGAAGAAGAUUGAUCUGACGUCGGGCGCCGUCGGGGUGUCGGCUGUGGACACGGGAGUGGAAUUUGCACAGUUCACCGGACAAAAAGUUUCUGGUAUUGUAGGCCGUGAGGCAAUUGAAAUGACAUCUCCUCUGCAACUAAACUCAUCCUACAAUUCAGUGAGCAGCGUCGUGACACCGUCGACGGCGGACGGCGGCAAGAGUGUCCAGGCGUCGCUGACACACAAGAUUCCGGCAAAGCAGGGCUCCAGAGAUAAGACGGAUGAGAAUGGCAAUUCUGUGAAUACUUUCAAUGCAACGGCCACGGUGACUGUGCCACAGCAGCCGCAGCAGGCGCAAUUGCAGUCACAGACGGCGAAGACGAAGAAGAAGAUCUCCAAGUCGGAGCGGAACACAAUCACGAAGAAUUCUCAUGAGAUUGACGGCUUCCGUGGGCGUGAUAAUAUUGAUACUCUGGUGCGAUUCAUUGAGAGUAGCGAGAGUACGCGCAAGAAGAAGAAGAGCAACGGCGGCACGAGUGUGCCGCUGGUGACGAAGAAGGAGAAGAAUGGCGGCGGCAAGAAGGACGGCGGCGACAAUAAUAAUAAGCUGAAGAAGAGCAACUCGAUGGACGAGCUGAGCAGCAGCAGCAAGCUGGAGGAGAUUGCCAGGGCGGAGAGCAGUGGUGUGACGCUGCGUGCGAAGAAUGCGAAGAAGGCGGUGUCGGAGACGACGCCGCUGCUCGCGGGAGCGGCGGCGGCGGCGCACAAGGGCGCCAAGCGCGGUGAGCGGCGAUCGUGGGGCACGGAGGAGUUGUCGUACUUGGGCGAGAGUGAUGUGAUGGCGGUGGCGGAGCAGCCGAAGAAGGAGAAGAGCAGCAAGGCGGCGGCGGCGGCGGCGGCGAGCAAGGAGCUGAGUCUUGUGGGUGGGAAUCUCAAGCAGAAGAAGGACGAUCAGCAGUCGCUGUCGGUGGAAUCGAUGUCGGCCACGUAUGAAAUGGCGGAAUUUCAUGUGGUGACGAAGAAGAAGAAGGCAAAGAAGAGGCAGAAUAUCAUUGUGACGCCACUCGAGGUGGAUGCGCGCGUGACGCCGAAGAAGCAGCAGGAUCAGCGCCAGGAGCACACGACGAGUGGUGGUCAGCAGAAUCGUGCCAAAGCAGUCUACAAUCAUCAAACCAGUAGUCAUUUCACCAAUGAUCGCGACGUGUAUGUGAAUGAUCGACGCAAAUCCACAUCUUCCGUGCCGCCAUCGGAGAAAUCCGACUCCAGUGAUCUCGAUUCUGUCCACUCGCUGCCCGUGGAGUCGUCCCUGUCGCUGGGACUCAGUGUCACGACGUCCUCGACGCCGCCGCAGGCGUCGUACGCAGACAUUGCGCGGAUAGCCAAUGUUGUGAGUCAGGAGCAGCAGCAGCAGCGCUUCCAGCUGAAGGACAACUGGCCGGCCAUGCCGCUGAGGCACUCCAGUGGCAAUCAGGAGACCGUGGAGACGGCGUCCACCAACAGCGGCAGCACGACGGCGAGCUACAAGAGCCAGAGCAGCGUCGUGCUGCGAUCGGUGCCCGUGGAGCUGUCGGAUGGCGAUGAGGGCGAGAAGAGGAGUCCAGUGAUGAUGAAUGGCGUGAUUCAGGCGAGCGUGGCGGAUGUGAUCAAGAGCAGCAUGGAGGGUGGCAAGAGUCAGCUGCAGAAGUCGAAGAGUGUGGAGAACGACACGAGCGCGUACUUCAGCAGCAUCGAUCACUAUCCGGCGCUGGAGAAGACUGUCAAGUCGAAGCAGCAGCAGCAACAGGCGGCGAAGAGUGUUGUUCCCAACGUCGAGAUGACGACGAAAAAAUCAAAAUCAAUCGUAUCAAGUAAUAGUAGUGUUAGUGUUAGUAGUAACAAUCUUAGCAGUAAUUGUAAUGCUAGUGUAAGUCCAAAUUUGGCUGUGAAAAUGUCACUUGUUGAUCAAUUGAAAUCUCCGGCACUCGUGAGCAGUGUCAGCAGGAGUGAGAAUAUGCCAAGGGAGAGUGAAGAGAUCACGGUGACGAAGAGUCACAAGGUGAAGCAGACCAAGGCGGCUGCCACGGCAACGGCGGCGACAGAGGAGCGGCGGCCGGCGGUGAUCAUUCUCAAUGACAAUGAUCGCUAUCAACUCAACGAGGGCAUCACAUUUGGCUUCGACAUCAACAGCCAACUGCUCUUCGGGGACUUCAAUGAGAAUGAGCUGCACUUGCUGGAGAGCAGCGACGCCGGCUAUGACGGCUCCAGCGCCUCCACGGAGCCGCACGACGCCACGACGGACACGAGUGCAUCGGAGGCGCACUUGAAUCACUCCUCGGACGAUUCCGGACGCCAGACGCCGCCCGGGCGGCAGGAUGGGGAGGAGGAGGAAGAGGAGGAGGAUGAGGAUGUGGAUGUGGACGAGGAGGAUAGCGACAAGUGCGACCCGAUGCCCAUUCUGAAGGCGUGCGUGAGCGUGCAGACGAGUAUGGAGCAUCUCUACGUGAACGACACGACGCCGACGGUGCGUGUGGAGGAGAGAGAUUCGUCCAUUAUUGCGUCGAUUCCCGCCCAGAUUGCAUUCACGCACGCCGACGACAGUGCCAACAUCAUGCAAAUCCAGCGGCGAAUGUGCGGCAAGAAGCUGAACGUGAGAUAUGUGGCGCCCGCCGGAGAAGAGCUCAUUCUCACCACGUACAAUCACGACAAGAUUGUCAACUUUGUGGGAUUGGCUUGGGAGAAUGUCGCUGGAAAUGACGGUGUCAAGUACUACGAUGGCCAAUAAAGUGGUGUUCUUCGGUUGGAGGACAGCACAGGAGAGAGAUUAAAAGAAUUCAGGCGAGAAGUUGUGCAAAGCAGAGGAGAGAGGAAAACUCUUUAAGACAUACUAAAAAAAAACGGAAAAACUGAGCAGAAACUAAAUAAUACUAAAAGAAGAAAAAGGGUAGAAAAAGUGUCCGAAAUAACUGAUAAAAUGAGAGAGAAAAGUAACGUAAAUUGAUGAUGAUGAUGAAGAAAUGAUUGAGGAAGAGGAAAAACUAAUUGGUUCUAGAAAUUAACACAAUAAUAUUGCUGAAAAUAAAAGAGAGAGAGAGAGAUGAAGAAAAGCGUGUGAAAGAAGAGAAAAUAUUUAUCGAAAAAAAAAAAUUACCACUUGAACUAACAACGGAAGAUUAGGAAAGGAAGAGAAAAACUAUAUAAAGAAUAAUUGUGUAUUGUACAUUAAAUGAGAUGUGAGAUAAAGUAUAUAUACAGAUAGAAUACAGAAUAUUUAAAAAAUGAAAGAAAGAAGGAAAGAUGAAAACUUGAUAGCAAAUUAAAUAACGAUUAAUCGCUUUAGGUAGUUCAUAUAAAUUGAAUGGAAUGCAAGGGAGAUUUUGGCUUGAGGAGGAGGAGAGAAAGAAAAAGUGGUUUAGGAGAAUUUUCAGGACAUGCGACAACAUUUCUAUUCGCAUUUGACUCAUAAACACACAAACACAAAACACAAAAACACACAUUUGACAUCCCGAAGAUCAUUUAUAGAGAGAGAAUAUCAACUCUAGGCUCUUUUAAUUGUCCGGAAAGGCGGUAGAAGUUGAUGGAUCAACAAAACACACAACAAACACCAAUACUUAAGAGAAAAUCCCGUCGUCUUAGAAUUUAGUUGCUAAGGAGAUGAAAGAAAGAGAGAAAUAAUUUGUAAGAUUGAUGAAGAAAAAAAAUAUAAAAAUAUAUCGACAAUUUGUCUUGCAAAAAGAAGAAGAAAAACAACAACAACGUGAACGCGUGAAAUUAGGAAAAGAAAUCAUGCAUGUUUUAUGGAGUGGAAACAACAACAACAAUGUUGUUGAUUGGAGAAUAAGGAUUAAAAAAAAAUGGGACCUUUUCGUGACAUUAUUUGUAAUAACAAUUGUAAAAUGGCGUGAAUGUGAAAUGAAAGAAAGCGAGAGAAAGAGAGAAUUUCUCCUCAUUUUUCAUUCUUUGAUGAUGAGCAAAAGGAGAAGAACGCGUGAAUGCGGCGUGUGAUUGUGUGGUGUUGAAAUGAAAUAUUAUUAGUGCUAACACGGCUUAAAGCAGCGUUUAAAUCUAAAAGAAAGAAGAAAAAAACUGAAUGUGCGCGCGCGCGUGUGUGAAUAAAAGUAACAAGAAAAAAAAAUGAAAAAUCAUACCAAAUUGGAGUUUAAUCAAUUAGCUGUAAUUGUUUAUAAUAGAUCGCGAAGCCAAUUGACUAUUAUACAUUAAAAAGAGAAAGAAAAAGAAAUAAAUUCAUUUCAUCAUCAGCCCCGUGAAAAAGAAAACAAGAAGAAGAAGAGGAGAAAAGAUGCAAAAGCGACAAUUUAGCAGUUGAUUUAUUCAAAAAAAGGAAUAAAAGCGAUUGUUUAUGAUAUUAGUUUAUUGAGUCAAUUUAGUUGUUUUUUUUUGUUUUUUAAAUCUGAGAAAAAUACUGAGCAAAUUGAAAAUAAAAAAAUUUUAUUGUCGCAACAAUUUGACAAAAAGAAACCAAAUUUAAAAAAAAAAAAUGAGAAAUAGAAAUAAAUUCUGUUACAUUUUAACAGCUUUUCAUCUCCAAAAAAAAAAUUUAGAGUUGAACGGAAAAAAGUGAGAAAGAAAAGAAGAAAUCAUUAUUUAAAAAAGAGAAAAAAGUGAAGAUAAGAAGAAGAAAAAAAUCUGUGCUGUUUGUAAAAAGAAUGUAAUAAUUGUAAGGCAAAAAUUGAUAUAUCCAUAUAUAUAUAUAUAUAUAUAUAUAUAUAUAUAUAUAUAUAAAAUAUUUGAAUGAACAGAGAAAAAAAACACGUUAUAGAUAUAUAAAAAAAAAAUGAGAGAGAAAGAGAAGAAAUUGAAUUUUAAGUUGUAAUUGUAAGAACAAUAGAUGAUAACAAAUUUGUAAAAGGUGGAAAAGAAAAAUAAGAAAAUUCAUGUGGUGAAAAAUAUUCGCAAUGAAAGGAUUUCACAAGAGACAAAAGAAAAAUAGCAGUAAAAAAAUCAGUGUUUUCUUUCUUCUUUUCCGUUGAAUUUGCAUCGUCAAGAGAAAAA